AUGUCUGAAAUCAACAAUUCCUCCAUUGCUGUUCAUCGUUUGAAGAAGACUACUAACUCACCACCAUCUCCUCCUUCAUCUAAUCCUAAUCCAUCUUCUUCCAUGGAUCCCACUCUCAGCAACAACACAAAACCUACCAAUACUAACAAAAACCCACAUCAUCCAGUUCCUUCUAAACCCUUCUACAUGUCAAAUCCUUUAUCUAAACUAAACCCACUUCAUCAAAAACCUAACAAAAUUUAUCAUCCGCCGCCGGAAGGUUAUGUAGACACCCACUUGCAAGCUAAAGCUACAACUCUUUCAGCGGAUUUUGAUUCAAUCAACAAAUCCAAGCAGUUGAAAAGAAAUGAACGGAGAACUUGUAAAGACAAGAUCAAGAAGCUGUCGUCUGGUGAUAAUCAAGAUUUGGAGAAGAAGAAGGAUAUUAAUUGUAAUGAUAAGGAAGUGAUGAAGGAUCUAAUUGAAGGUCUUGAUAUUAAGAGGAUGACGGUAUCCGGCGGUAGACGGCGGUCUUUUGGUGGUUCUCAAGUUGAAUUAGGUGAUUUUUUGGCCAAUAAUGGUGCUAAAAUUGUGUCUGUUGAUAUGCCACCCUUUAUGCAGAUCCAUGCUGUUGAUUUUGCUAGAAAGACUCAUGAUAGUCUUGAAAAAUUCACCUCUAAGACACUUGCGCUCACACUUAAGAAGGAAUUUGAUGGGGUAUAUGGGCCAGCAUGGCAUUGCAUAGUAGGGACAAGUUUUGGAUCAUUUGUGACACAUUCAGUAGGAGGGUUUCUGUAUUUCUCAAUGGAUCAAAAGUUGUAUGUUCUCUUGUUCAAAACUACAGUACAAAAAGCUGAUUGAAUUUUAUAAGUUUGUAGUAUAUGUAGUUUAGUGUAGCUAAAAGCUUAAAGCAAUUCUUCCUCUUUUCGCACCUUUGUAUAUUGAUUUUGCCUAGGGAAAGCAGUAAUUUAUGUGGAAACUUUCUACUUUUUAUCUCUUGCUCAAGUAAUUUAUGCCUCAUUGGCUAGCUCCAGUGGCGGAGCUACUCACAAGCGGACCCGUGCACCCGUCCUGGUCGGAGUUGACCGGAGAUGUAAACUUCUUUCUAAAAAAAGUUAUGAUUCUUAAUUUCUCCCUAGUACUUGAUAAUAUUUUCUGGCUA